CUCAGAGCACACCCUGUAGAGAGGAGGACCCACAUGGUGAGCCACCAGCAUGGAAUGACUGUCAUGAAGACCAUCCGGGAGGGAGAGGCAGAGCCACAGUGCCAGAGCUUCUCCUACGGCCACGCUGAGCUGCGGGGGCUGCUGCUGGAGGGUGCCAGCCUCCUGCUGCUACGGGUGCUGGCGUGUCGGCGGGCAGUGCCCCCCGGCCUCGUCUUCCAAGCCCUCGACACCGAGGGCCACCUCUGCACCUCCAGCUACCAAGCCCUGGGCAUCCAGCAGCAGGCAGUGGGCUCGGCAGAGGCAGAGGUGUUUGUGAUCAAGCGAGCCGUGCACUCCAGCACGGGCGUCUCCACCAUCUGGCACAGCAGCUUCCUCCCCAGUGGGCGUUUGGCCCGGCUGGCACAGGUUGGCUGCCCGAUGCUGGUGCUUCUGCAGGAUGAGUCCGUCCUCGGCGAGACAGGUGGGGUCAAGCCCCAGCCCCCCUUCCCCAAACAGCCCUUGGACUGGGAGGAGGACAUGCAGCUCUGGUCCUGGUUCCUGGAGAGGAAG